AUGAUUGGCCUUCCACCAUCGUUCUACGACCCCAGCGAUCCACAAUGGCAACAGAGAGCCCAGCAGCAACAUCCUCCUCCUGCCCAGCAGCAAUUCGACUUCUCAUAUCCAGCUCCUGGUACAUCCUAUGAAGAGUUAUUGGCUCAAUAUUACCCUCAGCAUCCCUCUCAAUACAUGCGUCCAAACCAGAUUCCCCCAACUCCAAACACUGCGGCGAAACCACGACAACCAGUCCAACAACGGACUCCCCCUCAGCCCACUGCUACUGCAUCGUCUUCUGCACCGAAACGAAAGAGAGUUGCCAAAAAACCAGCUCCAGUUCCUGCCUCUUCUGCCGGAUAUUCAGAUUCGGACUCUGAAGAUGGGUUUGGCUCGUAUGCAGGUGGGGCUGGCAUCAGUGUAGGGAUGGGUGGCCUUGGCGUUCGAAGCAAAGGCGCUCGUUUACCAGGUGCAUGCACUCAUUGCAAAAAGCUCAAGAUGAAAUGCGAGUUCGCUAUGGAUGGUGAUGGCGAAAUGGACAACACCUGUCGCCGAUGUAGAGCAGGUGGUCACGUCUGCAUUGUAGAAGGUCGAAAGCCUCGAAGCGCGCCAAACAAGCGCGAGUAUCUUUUGGCUCAAAUUCGACAAAAGGAUGCAAUCAUUGAGUCUCUUCUGAAACAGCUUCACAAUCCUUAUAUUGCGACUCCUCUGUCGAUUGCUUCGUAUAAGAUGGCGACUUCUCCAUCCGAUACUACCAAUCGUAACAUCAUAGCCUGGCUUGAUCGACUACAAGCCAGUGUUCGGUCAGGCCAAGCAAUGGAAGCGUCUUCAUCGGCUGCGACCUUCGCUGCACUGGCUCGGGACACUGCAGCAACCAUUGAUGGUGCCAUCAGGGUGUCCAAAAACUCGUUUGAUGGCUCAGAGGAUGAUGACCUGAAGCCAAACACUGAUGAUGACGAUGGGACGGAAGAGGGCGAUGGAAGCGUCUUGCCAGAUGCCAGCGUUCCAAUCGGGUUGCUUGCUAACUUGAGCCUGAGUAGCACUAAGGAGAAGAAAAGUCAACGCACACAGGAAAAUGGCAAUCCCAAGGAAGAUGCAGAUGAUCUGGAUGAUGAUAAUGUGGGUGUUGCCAAUGCGUCAUACUUCAAACCUGGUCCUUCUACGGACCUGAACAUGAGGGCACAACUCAUCGAGCAACAUAGCCCGCCUGAAAUCCUGAUUCAUGGUCUUGUCGUGCCGGAGGAUGUUGACAAGCUCUUCGAUAUUUUCUACACUCGCGUCAACCCCUUUAUCGCUCUGCUCGAUCCUGUUCUACACACGCCUGCUUCGACUUUCGCUCGAUGUCCAUUUUUGUUCACUGUCAUCUGCGCCAUUUCAUCUCGCUAUUACCCCGAGAAGUCGGAAAUUUAUCCUAUUGCUAUGCAUUUCGCAAAACAUUCCGCUGCUACUGCGCUCAUUGACGGGUGGAAGUCCGUCGAGUUGGUUCAAGCGUACAUUCUCAUGAGCAUCUAUGCUGUUCCCGCGCGCAAAUGGGAAGAAGACCGGUCUUGGUUAUACACAGGGUUGGCUAUUCGGUUGGCAACUGACUUGAAUUUGCAUCAAGUGCCAACGGGAAAGACACACAGAGGAAACGAGAGGCUGGAGAGGGAGCAGUUGAACCGGACGAGGGUUUGGAUGAUUUGUUUCAAUUUGGAUCGCUCAACUGCGACGCAAUUCGGGAAACCAGCAACCAUCAAAGAUGAUUACAUCAUGCGCCACGGAAGCGACGAUUGGUACAAGAAAUCGCCAUAUAAUAGCUCGUAUGACAUCCACAUGUGUUGCUAUACGGCGCUAUUGCGCCUAGUUGCUAGCUUUCACGAUGAUAUCUUUUCCGACCCAGCAUCGCCAACAGGUUUGAACAAACGCGUGGAUUUCCGCUCUGUGACAUUGACUCAUGAUGCCCAUCUGACGCGGUUCACUGACGAGUGGGCGCAACGUCUUGCGCAAGACUCGGAUGCUACCGAUCGUAAAUGCAUCCUGCGAUGCAAGCUCUUCCCCUUCUUAGUAGCCUACUCGCGACUCGUUAUGUUUUCCUUCGGGUUCCAACAGGCCUACCAGCGUGGACUGAAACCCUCAGAUCACAUUUUCUUCACCAAGUGCCUCGAGUCUGCCAAGAGUGUCGUUCGUGGGAUGGUGGAGGGCUUGACCCCUACUGGGUUCAUGCGGUACGCUCCGGAUGGCCAUUUUAUAUUUGCUGCGUUUGCGUCGGCUUUUUUGAUGAAGUUGCUGCGGCCCGAGUUCUCGCAAUUGAUGGCCAAGGAAGAAGAGAACGAGGUUUUCGACCUCAUUGGACGCCUCAUCCAAACAUUGAGUUCACCCGAGAUUGCUAUCGACGACCGCCAUACUCCCAAGCUCUAUGCGCGCUUCCUCGCAGGACUGUUGUCCAAGCACCGGCGAGAUGGGGGCGCUACGGUUGGGCGUUUACACCCCAACGCACCUCCGACGCAACAGUCAUCCGCGUCGACCCCAACAGCUUCAUCAAGUAUGAGCGACUACAGACCACUCUCCACCAACUCCACAUUUUCAACGUCGCCGAUGGCUAGUGUGGGCUCAUAUGGACAACAACACCAAUACACUGAGUAUCAGACUCCAGCUUAUCGACAUGAGUCAACCUAUUCUCCACAGCGUUAUCAUGUUCAGGCACCUUUCAGCCCUGAAGUCGACUUGGAGUUUGGGAUGGGGGCGGCUGAUGAUGACCAGAUGCUUGCUGCUAUGCAGGCAUUGAAGAAUCCUGCGUGGUGGGAUAAUAUGAUGAUGCCAGGCUUUUCGUGGCCCGAAUCGUCCGGUCAUGGCUCCCCAUCGUCCAUCUCAAAUACUUCCAAUGGCUCGCCAUCACCAUACCCCACACCAGGUCACUUUGCCCAGCCACAAUUUGUUUGA